CUUGUCAGAUAGUGUCCUUGGUGGAUUGCUUGUCUGGAAGACUUUUGUCUAAAAAUACAAGCAGAAGGACAAUUUGACUUUCAGAGCAUCGAUCUCUCUCACCAUGGCCAACAAGCCCAUUGCAAAUCCUCAUGAAGAGGCCUACAUCGCCCUGACGAGAGGCUUGAAAGAGCUGGACCUCCGUAACCCCUGUGAACCCAGUGACCUAGUGCUGAUUGGAGACCAUGCCUUUCCUUUAGCAAUGAACAGCCAAGGCCAGGUCCUGAUGGCUGCCUCUCUGUACGGCCGUGGACGGAUUGUGGUCAUGGGUCAUGAGGGCUACAUGACCACCUUUCCCGAUCUGGUAGAGAACGCUCUGACCUGGCUGAGAGGAGAUGGAUCCAACAAUAUGUCUGUUGGAACCAGCCAAAAAGUCAAGGCAGUCGCUGAUAACCUCAGCAAGUCCAGCUACGACGCCAAAGUUGUGGGAUCCUUCAGUGACAAACUGGGGCUUGGUGUGUAUGUGACAGAUGCCUACAGCGUUGGUCCACACGCGAAGGAGCUGGUGGCAUUUAUGAAAGCUGGAGGAGGAGUGCUGAUUGGGGGGCAGGCAUGGAGCUGGGCUGCAGGUCACCCUAAGGAGAACACGCUGCUGAUGUUUGUGGGGAAUAAGAUUUCUGGUGUGGCAGGGAUCUACUUCUCUGAGCACAGAGGUGUGAAGGAAUGCCUGCCUGUCUACCCUUCGAUCCCAUCUUCCUGGAUGGCUGUAGUGAUUGGAAAGGAUUUUGAGGAUGACUUGGAGUUCUUACUUCAGGGAGUUAAAGAAUUUGACAUCCAGGGUCGUUCAAUAGCCUCCGAAGUCUUGGUCCAUGGUACACUAGCCUUCCCCAUUGGUACCAAUGAGAGCGGACAGGCGUUCAUGGCAGGAACUUACUAUGGGCAGGGACGGGUUAUUAUCACCACUCAUGCAGGAUUUAUCGGACGAGAGUCACUGGCUCCAUUUUGGAAAAAUGCCAUUCACUGGCUGGAUGAAGGCCGGCAGGGGGUUGUUGGUGUGCAAGCAAAAAUUCCCCUCAACAAUCUCAGCAAGUCGGGGUUGCGGUGUGAGACGACAAGCCUCAGGAAAGACCUGAGUGUGUAUGUGUGUUUCGCGAACAGCGACAAACAAGCAGAGGAAAUCCUAGAGUUUGUGGCAGAGGGAGGAGGCCUGCUGAUUGGUGGACAUGCCUGGCACUGGGCUCAGUGUAACCGUGGGCAAAAUGUAUUAACAGAAUUUCCAGGAAACAAGAUCCUGAACCCAAUGGGCUUGAGCCUGCUGGGUACAAUGAUCAAAGGAGGGACCUACAAGGCCCCUGUGCCAAGCCAGGCCAUCAAAGACAACUACUACUUCCGCCACCUUCUACACCGCUUUGCCCGUCAUGUGACCCAGGGGGAGAAACUCAGCAAACAGGAAGAGGAAAACCUUAAAAAGCUGGGCUUUGACUGCGCCACCUACUUGACAAUGGAGGCUCAUGACUGCCCCUUCUAUAAACAGGUUGUGGCCUCCCUCACUGACAUCUUGACUAAGUCAGGCAUGCCACAGGUGUGUGACAAGUGUCCCGUGAAGAAUCCCAAAGACCACAUGCUCCUCACUCUGGGGCCAGCGGUGUAUAAGGCUUGCCCAGAUCCUGAUGCCCUCCUGCCCUACCUCAUCAAGCAAAACCCUGUGAUGCCAGUUGUCUACAACCACAAGAUAAAGAUAGAUGUUGACACAGCAGGAGGGGAGGAGUGGUUCAGUACAGGUCUCUACCUCUCUCCUGGUAUGAAGACCUACAUGGCCCUGCCAGCGGAGAUCGUCAACAAGGACUGGAAGAUCCAGAUAGGCUGUCAAACAGACUAUCUCAAAUCUCCAGUGCUGAAGAGAGCACCGUGUGUUCAUGAGCGAUUUCCAAUAACCUCAGAGAUGAUGCAGGUGUGGAACCUGUGGGGGGGACUCAUCUAUCUGGUGGCUCCACCCAAAACAAAACUGGAUGGGGUAGAGGUCACAGUGCAGAUGGCUGUACCUGCGCCAUAUUAUAAAUCUGGCGUGACAACACCUGCCGAUUGGUCACUGCUGCGCACAGCUCCUGCACCCUGGGCAGAGCUGGAGAUGGAAAACAUCAUCCUCACAGUACCAUCAGAUGUUGUUCGGAACAUGGAGCGCCCUGAUGAGGUGGCAGCGCUUUGGGAUGACAUCAUGAGGACUAUUGCUGACCUGGCUGCUGUACCACAUAAAUUUCCUCGCAAGGAACGCUUUGUAGCAGAUGUGCAGAUUUCCCAUGGUUUCAUGCAUGCAGGUUAUCCUGUCAUGGCAUACAAAGGCACAGCAUCUGUGCUGGUCAACCCUGAGUACAUUAGGACUAAAGGCAUGUGGGGGCCCAUCCAUGAACUGGGACACAACCAACAGAGAGCCUGCUGGGAGUUUCGACCACACACCACUGAGUGUACAUGCAACCUGUGGUCAGUGUACGUGCACGAGGAGCUGUUUGGUAUCAACAGGGCAAAGGCUCAUGGAGCUAUGACUGCAGAAAAUCGAAACAACCGAGCAGAGCAGUACGCCAAGGGCGGCAAGAACCUCAAAGACUGGAGCAUGUGGGUGGCCCUGGAGACAUACAUGCAGCUCCAGGAUAAAUUUGGCUGGGAUGCCUUUAAGAAGGUGUUUGCUGCUUACCACAAGAUGAGCACCUUUCCGAAGGACAACAAAGGGAAGAUGAACCUGUAUGCUGAGACGUUCUCCCAGGCUGUGGGGAUGAACCUGUGUGGAUUCUGUAAGUCCUGGGGCUGGCCCAUUGAAACAGCCACUGAGGAGAAACUCUCCGACCUGCCUCCCUGGAGCGACCACCCCAUGGUCAAGUAUGACUGAACUACUUCAGACUGCUGCAAUUCAAAAGUGUAGAGGCAUGGGUUCAAUAAUAUGGAGCCCUAAAAGUCCUAAAAGGUGAUUUUAUUUUUAUUUUGUGCACACAAGAUGAUGAACUACGGUGCACAAGUUAAUUAUCUUGUACAAAUAAAUUAUCAUCUUAUGAGCACAAGAUUAAAAAAAUCACUUUACGGGACUCUAUAAUCUUCACAUUGAGUAUUUAGUGGGUGGUAGAUUCAGCUGACUUUGUUUCCUUUAGUUGCUGUUGUAUUUUUUUUUUUUUUUGUAAUUUUUUUUUGUUUCAAAAAGAAACAGGGAAUACAUAGAUGACUAUACUACUUUUAGUGUGCAGGAUUUAGUGGGAUAUAUUGGCAGAAUGGAACAUCAUAUUCAUAAUUACAUUUAUAUAUAUUUUUAUUAUUUUAAACUGAGAACUGUUGUGUUUUUGUGACCUUAGAAUGAUAUGUGUCUACAUACAGGGUCCUCUUCCACUAAGUUUGCCCUGUCUUUUCUACAAUAGCCCAAAACAGACAAUCCACACUGUGGUUUUGUCUGACUGAAGGGAAUGUAUAUAGCGCAGAAAGAGGACUUCACAACAAUUGACAUUAGUUUUUGGAAUAAUGAGCUGUUAGAGAAACACGCUUUCAGUCCAAUGGGACAUGUUUGAGAUUAUGGGGAUUUGAAAUUGUGGGCCAUCGGAACAACAGCAUGGCACCGCUAUUGUUUACUGUGGGCAAAGAAUGUACGUGUAAAACAAAAACCCAGAGGCCAUGUAUCAGACACAAUUAUUGUCAGGUUUAAACUGAAACUGUACCCUUGCUUUACUCCAUCAUGCAAAGUUAGUCAUGCAGCAAGAUGUUUGGAAGAUUUUUAACUUUACAGGAAGCAUCUUCCAGUGAAAGCUUCCUGUUCGGGUCAUAUCAACUCUCAUGCUUUUACAGAUGUGUGGAUGAUUCAUGUGAUACAUUCAUGGUAAGUGACUCAGGCUGUGGGGGAUGCACAUUGAGGUUUGAUAAGGGAGAGACAAAGAGAGAGUGUAAGACAACAAGAUGAGGUGUGGCGUGUCCCGUGGUGGCUGAUUCUUUCCAAUUAUUCAAGAAAAUAAUAGAAUUUGUGUUGUGAGCAACAAGGCAAUGUGUGGAUACAGCCUCAGUCUGUCCUGAGUAGACACUCACAUAUAUCAUGCAGGACUCUCCUCCUCUCUGUAUUUGAAAUUUGUGUGGGAAGAACCACAAUUUGAGGACUAUGGCUGUGUGUGGUGUGUAUUUGUGUUUGUUAAUUAUGAAUUAUAUUUUAAACUAAUGUAAAUAUGUUACAAAGACAUUAUACAUGCAAAAAAAUACUCCUAUCUCUCUCUCUAUCUAUCAGUACAGUCACUGAAUACAAUGAAUAAAACUAAACACUUUUGCCAUUAACGAUUAUCUGUCAAGAUGUCAACACUGUAGAAAAUUAUUGGGUGUUUUUUUGUUCCUUUUUCUUUCUUUUUCAUUAUGUGUCCCUCCAUUAUGUUUAUUGGCGCUGAGUAAGACCAUGUAUACCCCCUAUUUUUACUUUAGAAAUCUGCUUUAUUAUACUUUCACUUUCACGUUCAGUAUGAGCUGUGUUAGAGGUUGUGUGAAGUUGCUGCUCGAAACUCAACAUUUCCAUAUUGUGAUGUUUCACAAUAAAAGUUUACACAUAACAAAAUACAAGAG